AUGGCCCUGUGGAAGAAUGCGGCCAGAGAUUGGAUAUCGGCUCUCCCUCCACGCCAAGCAGCGUUGCUCGAGGAGUACCGGAUGGGAAGCAUACAAGGCAGCACCGAAGUUGAUCAUGCUUUGGAGGAGCUGGACAAGCUCACGACUCUGAUGAAGGAGCCUUUCCCUCGUGGGUUGCGGGAGAGCCUCAAAUGGCUUAAAGAAGACAACACUGUUCUUCUCUCCACUAACGGGCCCAACGACUUGUGCGACGAGGGGACUGAUAAGUUGUGA